GGGGGGGAAACGGAACGCAGCGGACAGCGGAAGCCGAGGGAAGUGCAGGCGGAAGUGAAGGCCCGCCGGGCGGCGCCAUGGGCCGCAGCCGCUCCCGUUCGCCUCCGCGGCGCGACCGCAGGCGCUCGCGGUCCACUUCGAGGGAGAGGGAGAGGAGGAGGAGGGAGAGGUCACGGUCCCGGGACAGGGACAGGAGAAGGAGCCGGUCUCGCUCCCCACACAGGAGACGGUCCAGGUCGCCGAGGCGGCACAGAUCCAGCUCCUCCUCCCCACCGCGGCUGAAGGAGAGGCGAGACGAGGAGAAGAAGGAGAUAAAGGACUCCAAGGGCAAGGAGCGCCAGAUCACGGAGGAAGAUUUGCAAGGCAAGACGGAAGAGGAAAUCGAGAUGAUGAAAAUGAUGGGGUUUGCCUCUUUUGACACGACAAAAGGGAAGAAAGUAGACGGCGCCGCGAACGCGUACGCCAUCAACGUGUCGCAGAAGAGGAAGUACAGGCAGUACAUGAACAGGAAAGGAGGCUUCAACAGACCGCUGGACUUCAUCGCCUGAUGCUGGGCUCACUCUGCGACCCGCGAGGAACGGCCCCGCUGCCGAGCAGCACCGCCUCCCGCACCUGCUGGUGGCUCAGAGACGGGCUCCCGGCUUCUCCCCGUGAAACGAUUUUGGGGUUAUUUAUAGCGAGAUCGGGUCUGCUCCCCCUGCCUUGUUGGAGGAGGGGGUCACACGCACGUGGUUUCCUGGAGCCGUUGUUUUUUGUUGCGUUCGGUAUGGUUUGUUCCUGCCAGUUGUGUUUUUCCCAUUGUGUUUUUAUUUUAAAUAACUCAGUGUUGUCCAUUGCAAUUAAAAACUGUAUAUAUUU